UGAAAAAGGUUCAAAAUAAACAGGAUAGCAGAUAUAAGAUUAAGACAGCAAAGAUGGCCGCAUUCAGAGCAUUGGCUACGUUUUCGAAGAGGGUGUUGUUUACAAAUGCAUCAAAAACAGCGCAGCCUGCAUCAUGGCAGUUCAUAAGAUGCAUGUCAGCAGGCCAAUAUGAACACAUUUUGGUGGACAAGCGUGGCGAGAAAAAAAAUGUUGGGUUUAUUCAAUUGAAUAGGCCAAAAGCUCUCAAUGCUUUGUGCAAUGCUCUCAUGGUGGAGACAAAUGAUGCGAUUGGAAAGUUUGAUGCAGAUGACGGUGUUGGGUGUAUUGUCCUCACAGGCUCAGACAGAGCUUUUGCUGCUGGAGCAGAUAUCAAGGAAAUGUCAGGCCAGGACUUCUCUGAUGUUUGGAGGAAAAACUUUCUAGCUCACUGGUCAAAGCUUGAAAAAUGUACCAAACCAAUUAUUGCUGCAGUAAAUGGCUACGCACUAGGUGGAGGUUGUGAGCUGGCGAUGAUGUGUGACAUAAUCUAUGCUGGGGAGAAGGCACAGUUCGGACAGCCUGAAAUAACACUAGGCACAAUACCAGGAGCGGGAGGUACUCAGAGGCUGUGUAAGGCUGUAGGCAAAUCCAAGGCCAUGGAGAUUAUCCUGACCGGCAACUUCAUGUCUGCAGUAGAUGCCGAGAAGUCAGGUUUGGUGAGUAAAGUUUUACCAGCAGACCAGCUAGUCAACGAGGCUGUUAAGACAGCAGAAAAAAUCAGCAGCUUCUCCAAGAUCACUGUGGGCAUGUGUAAGGAGGCGGUCAAUGCAGCUUAUGAACUUUCUCUGGCCGAGGGGCUUCACUUUGAGAAGAGGAUUUUCCAUGCUACAUUUGCAACUAACGACAGGAAGGAAGGGAUGAAUGCAUUUGUUGAGAAGAGGAAGCCAAACUUUACUGACAACUGAUUUUUGUACUUGUACUACGGAAGCUUUUAGUAGUGUGCCAAAGACGUAAUAAUUGGAGAAAAGAAAAUUGAUUACUAUCCUAAAUUGGUCUAUCAAAUCAAGCACUAGGCAGAUUUUUAACCAUCCCAAGGUCAAAUUCUGUGAUGAAGGGAGGCUUAAUGCUUGAUUUGGAUUAUAAACAUAGCUAUAUUGUGAGGGUACCUAAAAUGGAGCACUUUUCAUAUACUCAUAUACGCCAUGCAUCAUUAAUAUUUUGUUAUACAAAUAAAUGGUAUCUAUUCUAUAUCGAAAUUUUUAUAGUUUUAAGGAAUUGGAGCAAAUUUUUUCUGCCUACCUCUUUUAUUUUGUUCAAUAAUUAAAAAUUAAAUGAAACAAUUCGAAGGAAAUGGUAUGUGCAACAACAUAAAUAUCCUAUCACUUUUCUAACAAAGGAGAAAUAUAUGUUCAAAUCAAUUGUUUAAUUAUGAUAUACUGAAAGUUAUCAGAAAGUGUCUGAACUUACUUAAAUUGAAGAAAAAAUAUUUUAAAUGUUUAAAUGUUGUAAAUUAUUUUCUAAAACAACUAUUAUGACGGUAAUAUGAUGGUUAUCUGGAAAGCUAACGUGAACAUGACUCAACUUAAUGAAUUCUAAUAAAAGACAAGCGUGCUGGUGAUACCAAAUAAAAUAAAUGGGUAUUUAUUGUUUCAUUAUAGAAGAACAGUUCAUGUUCCAGAAAUCAAAUAGGAAAUAGGAAAAUUUAUAAUAUUUUUAUGAUUUCAUAUAAAAAUAGUGUUCCACUUUGGGUACCUUCAUGUUACUUGUUCUAAUGCGGUCCAAUACCAUAUCUCUGGAGAUCAUGGGAAUAGCAGGGUACUAUGACUCAAGCUUACUAGUGUUUGGUGUGGGGGGUUGGUGAUUGAGAUUGAUGAAAAGGUAUCUGUUGUAGGGUGAAAUCACCUUUAAAUUCACAGUUAACCUUGUAACUCGGGGCAUGUUUCGAAAGGAGGUUCUUAUGUACGUGGCAAUGUAUUUCGGAUUUCUGUUUUUAUAUGCAAGAACUGCUUGAUAAUUUGUCCUUUUAUUUUAUUUAGUCUUUAAGAAUGCAGAUAAAGUCAUAAACAUUUCUGGUUACAGUAAUGUUUUCAUAGGUUAUACCAGCAUGUCAGAAAAGUCCCUAUUAAUGUCGUGAAAUUGAAACUUUAAGAUAUCUGAUGGUUAUUUUUUUUUUUUAUAAUCAGAAUGGAAUAUGAAUGUGUCUUGUAAAUUGAAUCAAAGUGGGUUGAAAACCAAGAAUUUCUGAAGUAUUUUGUAUGAUUGUGAUUAUUUUCAUGUUAAUUUCACAGAGCUUUAUUAAUGCUGAGCAUUAUAGAUGCUCAGGUGGUUUGAUAGUGCUCACACGUAUAGUAUACCAAUAAUGUGAUAUUGAAUCAUUGGUAUGUCAUAAUACAUUGUAGAUAAGAGAGAUCAAUAAAGAACUCAUGCAUUUUCAAA